CCAAUUUGUAGUAGUCUACAAAUACUAUUAUUCGGUUAGUCCUAAGUGUAAUAUAAGCAGAAGAGAUAGUUUUUCUUAAUCAACGAAGACUUCUUAUUAUUAUACGUUAGUAAAAUAUAUCGAUUAUUGAUCGAAUUUCCAUUUGGAAAGGGCCUACUCUUUUUAAAAAUAGUUAUUGUUAUAAAGUUGAGUAAAAGUCUGAGGAAAGUGCACUUUUAAAUAGUAUUUUAUUAACAUUCUUUAAAUAUCCUUAUUAGUUUCAGUUUAAAAUUAUAAAAAUUUCAAAAUUCAAACGGUCCUAUUCAUAAAUGUAAUUAAAUUCCAUCGAAUGCAGUUUUAUCAUUUUAUUGUUCAAUGUAGAGAGAUAGUUUUCGUCAUUGUUAUCCGAAUACACAUUAUUCAUGCAAAUGGCUUUUUAAAAGAAAAGUUUACCUGGUCACAACAAUGUUUCCUGGAAUUGGAAACAAACAUUAAAAAUAGAAACAAUAGAUCUAAAUAAUAAAUACAAGCUCAAAGAAAGCAAAAAUACUCACCUAACUUAUCUGUCUGAGAAAACAAGGCUUGAUUUAUAGCAACAGCUACCAAUGGACAUGGUUUAUUUAUACACUGAUUAGCUGAGCACAGAAAAAGCCAGUCAAGAACUAUUUCCUUUACCAUCAUUGUAGGAGAAAAAGAUGAAUAAAACCAACUGGUUUAGGGUUUACAGCAAGUGCUGCAGGUGUGGACAGGUUGUCACAUAUAAACAGGUCAUCACUUGUCACCAGUGCAAGAAUGUAAAUUACUGCUCUGAGAGCUGCUGCCAACAGCACAAAGACAAUCAUAGAACUGAGUGUGAUGCUUUCAACAACCCACAAACCAAGAACAAGGCUCAGGCAAAAAACACAGCUGACUCAGCAGAAAGAGUGGGAGGUUCCCCUAGCUGUUCCGACGUCUGCUUCUACUGUCAAAAAGAAAGCACCAACUUACUCACCUGCUCACAGUGUAAGAAAGCAAAGUACUGUAACAGAGACUGUCAGAAGCGACACUUCAAGGCUCAUAAAAUUAUCUGCUUGUCAACAGAUGAAAAAGAAGAGGGUAGCUUCCCUUUUGACUUAACCUGCUGCUUCUGCAAGGGGGAUAAAAAUGUGGUCAUCUGCUCCAGAUGCAAAGUUUCUUUCUGUGAAAGCCAGGCAUGCUUGAUGCACCACAAUGAUGUAGAAAUGUAUUUAACAAAGUUUAUGAUGGUCAAAUCCCUCGUUACUGGGGAAACCUUGAAGAGAAUGGAGAAGAUUGGCUUCCCCAGCCUGAAUAUGUUGAGCCCAUUGUUGUCUGACUUAGUGGAUGAAUACAGUGGUGUGCCAGCAAGAGUUGCCAUUUGUCUGGAGAUCGUGGGUCCAUUCUUUCACAUUUUUAGACCAUCUGUCAUAGUUAGGGACUUGGUUGGUCAAGCCACCCACAUCAUCUUUCACGAUAAAGAUAUUCUAGCCUACAUGACCAGUGGAUCUAGUCACAUGACCAGUGCAUCUAACCUUCAGCCCUCCACAAUGAGGAGAGUUCCAAUUGGCAUUUGUUUAAAGCCAGGGAACAUGAUCAUUCUGCUAGGGGCAACUUGGCACCAUUUUAUGGAUGGAACUCUUGGGAUUCGAGUUGAUAGCUAUGAAACUGUUCAGUUUUUCUCAAUAGAUAACUAACUUCUGAUAGAGAGACUAUGGCAAUUACUUGUUUUGUUUGUGGAAGACAUUCCUGUACUGCUUACUAAUUAAUUCAAUUAAAAAAACAUGUUAUAAUUAAAAAUAUAGAUUGCAUUUUUUAUUCCCUAUUAUGCAUACUUAAUCUGUAAUAAUGUUAAGGGCAUAUAUUAAAUUGAUGUAAUUUUUUUUUAUGGAUGAGGUUUGCAUUUAUUGAUCUUGCAAUAAGUAAACUCUAUGGUUGGUAAUAUGCUUAUUAUAAACUAAAUAGUUUAUAAAUUCUUUCAACAUUGUUUUGAUUUCUUAUAAACUAAAUAGUUUAUAUAUAAAUGGAAAGAUCAUAAUAAUUUCAGAUUACAUUAUACUUCACUUGUUUCUGUGACCUCGGCAUAUGAAGAGAUAGUGUUGUCAGCACUAUGCCUAGCUGCCUUUACUUUCCGUAACGUGAGUUAGGUACCCAUCAGAGUUGGGUGGACUCAGAGACGGUCUACUGACUUGAACCCGGAUUCGAACUCGAGACUUAUGGGUUAGCAGUCCAGCUCUCUACCGCUAGACCACUCCGUCCCUCAAAACAAGUUAGCUCUACUUCACUUGCCCUAUAGACUGUCAGGUUUGAAAGGGGAACUAUACUUUUACUUUAUACUUAAUUGUAUAUAUUACAUUUAAUUUCAUAGUUUUAAAUUAAACUUAAUAAAGGAAAUUAAUUACUGCAAUUGAAUAAGCACAAUGUGAUUAUUUUUUCAAAUAAAAUAUUGAUUUGCUGUGUUUUUUUAAAAUUAAAAUGUAUCUAUGAUAGAUAAAAAAUAAUAAUAUCUGUCUAUUUUAAUCAGUGAAUGAUGUGGAAGAAAAAUGAUUUUAUAACUUAUGUUUGAGAAAGUUAUUUUAUGAAAUAUUACUGUAAUUUGGGCAAAUGUUUAAAAAUUUGUUGAAGAAAAGGAUGCAAUGUUACUGUUUUAAAUUAUUUUGAAUUGUAUACCCUUUCUAAUCUAUUAUGAUUUAGAGUUAUUUACAUUGACACAACUUGAUAUAACAGUGUCUACUUUUCAAAUGUUUUAUUGAAGGUUAAAGUAUGCACUUAAGUGAGGUGACAAUCAUUUUUCUCUCUCAAAUUUCAUCUGUCACAUUAACCAAAUAUUGAUUGUAAUCAUUCAAAUUAUCACCAUUUUGGUGAUUUAUUUAUUUUUUAGUUGUUUUAGGCAGUUAUAUUUACAAACUGCAGUUUAAAAUGAAAGACUAAGCAUAUGUGAAUUGUUUUUGUUUGAAGUUUUAGUCUUUCAUUUAACACCCCUGUGCCCUAUAGAUUUUAAGCUAUAUUGCUGAUUAUAAUAACCUAUAACCAUUAAAAAUAAAUAUUUUAAUAAAAAUGGAUUUUAUAAUAAUAGUGGAAUUUCUUUUUUAGUUGCAAACUUAC